AUGAUCGCAAACUUAACAGGUUCAGAUUCUUAAUAAAAACAUCUCGACAAUAUGGUUUUAUUUACUGGCGCUUUUGUUGUGCUUUUGCUGGCCUUUCCUUCUCGCUCGUUAAGUGAAUCUGGUAUAAGAUGCUACUCACCUGUUGGGGACGAAGGCAUUUGUAUAUCUGCCAACCAAUGUCCAGCAGUGAUUGAUAUUUUAAAGAAAUAUAAAGGCAGGCUUCCGCAUAGAAUACACCAUCAGAUUAGAGAAUUGGCCUGUGAUGGCGAGAAGGGUGCAAGAUAUCCAAUCUGUUGUCCUACUGUUUCGAUGCCCAAUGUUGGUGGUGAAGUACUCGAGCAGCCGAAGAAUCUAAGCUACAUAGAUCCCAAAGGAAUGGAAAUUCUUGAAGCUGUCACCGACUGUGGAGAACGAACAGAAAAUCUCGGAAGUCGUGUAUUGGUGGGUAAUGGAGAGUUAACUCUAAAAGAGCAACGAAUAGAAGAUAUCGAAAGUCGUGUAUUGGUGAGCCAUGGAGAGUUAACUCGAAAAGAAGAAUUCCCCUGGAUGGCGCUUUUGAAGUACGAAACCUCAGGGCGGCCUUUUCUUUGUGGCGGCAGCUUGAUUACCGAUCGGUUUGUCUUAACUGCAGCCCACUGUAUCACUGCUUCUGCCAACAUAAUUGCUGUUCGCAUGGGAGAGCACAAUCUUGGCAUUGAAAAUGAUUGUUUAACUGAUACAGAUUGCCUCCCAUCUUAUGAGGAAUUUGGUGUCGAGGAUAUUCGCCGACAUCCCAAAUAUGAACGGCAUACCAAUAGCUAUGAUAUAGCAUUGAUCAAGCUGAAUCGAUCAGUCACAUUUAGACCUAACAUCAGGCCGAUCUGUCUGCCCAUUGAGAGCAAGUCCCAAAAUAUUAACGAUGAUCAGAACUUCUAUAUCGCUGGUUGGGGCAAAACCGAGAAAAGAAUGCCUUCUCCUAUUCUUCUAAAGGCGUUGGUUGUUCGACAACAUCUGGAUGUAUGCCGAAAAUACUAUAAGACUGGCACCUUCACUGAAAAUCAUAUUUGUGCCAUGGGCAAUAAAAAGCAGGAGACUUGCCAAGGUGACUCAGGUGGUCCGCUUUUCUUUCGAUAUUAUUUCAAGACGACAACACGCUUUGUACAGUAUGGCGUUGUAUCUUUUGGAGGUCAAUCCUGUGGCAUCAACGAAAAUCAACCUGGCGUAUUUGCCUCGGUUCUGGACAUGUUGCCUUGGAUAACACAGAAUCUCUAUUGACGACAUCAUUUAAUUUCUAUUUAAUCGUGAUUCAUUCCAAAUAAUGUAAAAACUUGUUAACAUCACUUAAGUGAAGCUGCUAAGCUCGGCAAUUAUUUUAGUUUAGGGGAUUAACCCCAGUGAAACAAAGAUUAUAUCAAUUACUCUAAGAUCGAUCAAUCUAUUUAAGACCAAUAAAUCAAUUGUUACUACUGCUAUUUUAUACG